AUGUUCAAGACUCGUUCUUUAGCGGAUGAAGCAUUCGAUAAACUCUUAUCGGAAACAACUUCUGUGAAAACUACUGAUACUGCAAAGAAACAUCAGUUUCUUUCAAAAGUGAAUACCAAUAAAAGUAAGGAAAAUGAUGAUGAAAAUAAGUAUAAUUCUCCAUUUAGAAAUAAUGCUCCUUCAAGAGAACAAAAAAAACAGUUGCAAGAUCUAAAGACUGCAAAAUUUCCAUUAGUCAGUGCUACAUCCACUUACAAUACAGAUACAAAAGAUGUUUAUAAAGAUUUGGAUCCUAAGAAAAAUUUUGCAAGGGAUAUUAAAUUUCCAUCAAGAUUAAUUGACAAUGAAAACAGACAAAACCAAAUUUUACUAGAUUUAAAGAUAAAGCAAGAUGCAUUGGAUAGAUUGAAAGAUUCUUUGCAAGUUAUUGACGUUGAAGAUCUACCAAGAGACGACAAAGAGAAAGGCGAAGAAGAGAAAGAUAGCGAUCCAGUGCCAGAACAACCUUCAAAUAAUGAAAAUAUCACCGAUAAAGACGCUUUACAAGAUGCCUACGAUCUCAAUAGUAAAGCUGCAACAAAGACUGAUCCAGAUAUCGUUUCUCACAAUUAUUCGGUAUUAAACAAAAAUAAUUUGAUUGAUGCUAAAGAUAUGUCAAUUGAAAAUAAAUUGUUCUAUCUGAAACCAAUCCAUAGGAAAGAUUAUCCAAAAGUUCAAUCUACAACAGAAUCAAAAUUCCCCGUUGCAUCGCCAGAAAAUAAAGAAACUGUAGUAAAAUUAACGUCGGGUAAAAAAAUUUCCAAAUACGUCUAUGAUAAAAUAGAACAUGAUACAAAAGUUAAUGACCAAUAUAUUGUCAAAUAUCAAAAUGAUCAGUUAAACAAACUAAACAAGUUGAAAUCAGAAUAUAAUGAAAAAAUUAAAUCAAUUCAAUUAGAGAAAUUUAAGACUUUAAAUGAAAUUGAAAAUUUGAACCUUGAAAGUUUUAAUAAUUUUGAAGUUAUUCAAAAUAAAUUAGUCAAAAAUUUGAUGGAUUCGACUGCAACAUUUAGUGAUAAUAAGGUUAAAAUUUUGAGAAAAACUGGACAAUUAAAACUACAAAAAUUAAACGAAUUGAAAUUUUUGAAUCAAAAGAGAAAUUUAAUUAGGCGUGAGGCAAAUAUGAUUAAUGUUGAAAAAGAUAGUUAUAAAACCAACUUCAAUUACAUUAAUUGUAGUUUGAAUGAAAUUUUACAAGAAUUAGACGCAAAAUUAUUUAAAUUAAGUCAAGAUAAUAUUAGAAAUGAAAAUUUAGAGCAUGAAAUUAAUAAAUUACAAUCCAAAAAACAAACUUUAUUGGAUGAAAUUGAUUCCAUAGAAUAUAAAAAAUUACAUCCAGAUGAUGAUUCAAAACAAUUGGAAUUGAAUGAAAUGGAUGAACAAAUUAAUUCGAAAUUAAGUAAUUUAAACCUAAUAAAGCAGGAAAUUAUAAAUGAAAAAUUAAAGAUAUCAAAAUUAACAAAUGAUUUAAAUUUACAACUAAUUGAAAAUAAGAAUGAAAAUUUGAGAAUAAUGGAUGAAAAUACAAAAUUGAAUGAUAAGAUUCAUAAUAUGCAAGAAUUACACAAAAAUGAAUUGAAGAAUUUGACUGAACGUCACGAAAACAGUGACACUUAUUCAUACGUAACUGAAGAACAGAUACAAUUCCAAUAA